AUGUUCAUGGGUCCUACCUUCGCUGAGGUCGCCAAGCCGUUAGUCGACUUAACACGUAAGAACUCGACCUUCUCCUGGACGGAAAACCACACCGCAGCUGUACGGCAACUUAAGCGACUCCUCUCCGAGUACACAAUACUGCAGAUCCCGGACCCUAACAAACCGUACACGCUAUAUACAGACGCAUCAGGAUAUGCUAUCGGGGCAGUCUUAGAACAAGAGGAAAAACCCGUGGGAUUUCUUAGCCAAGUCAUGACCGCCACACAACAGCGGUAUUCCAUCUACGAUCAGGAGCCGCUCGCGCUCAUCACGGCUUUGGACAAGUGGCGACACCUUCUCCGGGGGGCCCGAGUCACGGCCUACACGAACCACCAGGCCCUGACAUACCUGCAGCAAAUCAACGCACACAAACACCUACGCGGGCGCACUGCACGGUGGCUGGACUUCCUAGCGGAAUUCCCACUCCUUACCAUCACCUACCUCCGCGGGGCCCAUCACAAAGUCGCGGACGCCAUGUCUAGACACAUUCAGCACCAGCCAGCAGCCUCGACAACGACUCAUCCACCCCUAGCUUCCCUUACCCGACAUCGACCGGCACCCACGCCUGCACCCCCCCGUGCAUAUUCCACUCGCUCCGUAAACGCACCUAGCACCGACUUCCGCGUAAUUGUCGGGCUUCGCUCUCAACGUGCGGGCUCCAUGCAGACUUCAUCGACCUCUACAGACCCGCUCCCCAAGCCUCCAGUUGCGCCACAGGUAGAGCUGGACGCACGCUCAUCUCAGACCCCCCUUGUGUCCAGCGAUCCUCCUUCGUCCCCCUCGUCCACGGCCUGCUCCUCCCUCCCGGCGUGCUCGGAGCAGCCUACCGCCACUGCGGCCACAGAGCCGCUUCCGGAAUCGCCCUCAGUGUCGGAAUACCUGACGCCGCAACGCUGGGAAGAGGGUUACCAGCGCUGCCCCAUCUUCCGCGACAUUGUCCUUACGGCGGACCGCCAGGAUGCAGUGGAGUUUCUUCACCAACUCCAAGGCCGCCGAUAUCGUUUCAAAUUUUGGAGACCCUAUCUAUACGUUUGCAUACAUGGACUCUGGCGCAUAUGUCCCCCUACCUUACCGGAAUUUCUUUCGCAUCUUCUUUAUCGUCAUCACGACCACGUUACGGCGGGACACCGUGGAGAGCGCAAGACGUUCUUGUCCCUCAGUAAGUUCUACUACUGGGCGGGUAUGCGGGCUUACACUGCUGCCUAUGUCGAGUCUUGUGUACAGUGUAGGGCGUCGAAGGCGAUUUCCCAACGGCAAGCGGCUCUUCUCCAGCCCGCCCUCGUUCCCUCCAGACGCUGGAGCCACGUCAGCUUAGACUUUAUAACGGAUUUACCCCUUACUCCUCGAGGCCACGACAGCAUCCUCGUCCUCGUUGAUUCCCUAAGCAAGAUGGCCCACUUUAUUCCUACAAAAAAGACAGCCACAACAGCAGACACAAUCGAAUUGCUUGCAGAUCGGUUGAUUCGCUACUACGGCUUCCCGGAUGUCCUAAUAUCUGAUCGGGACCGUCGUUUCCAGUCACUACUGUGGCAACAGUUGUGCCAACGCUUCCACAUCAAGCGUGCGAUGUCCUCACCUUAUCACCCGCAGUCGGACGGGCACACCGAGAGGGUCAACCGCACUCUGGAGCAAAUGCUCUGCACCUAUAUUCAAACUGACGAGAGGGAGUGGGAAAGGCUCUUACCGGCACUGGAGCUCGCCUACAACACCACUAGCCACUCGUCGACGGAGCUCAGUCCAUUUGAAAUAAUGAUCGGUCAAAAUCCGAUCACGACAGCGGACUUGGACCUCGUGGGCAGCCUUGCUCCAACACUCACCCCGCCUAUGACGAAGAUCUUCCAGCAGCUGUGUGACAGGGCCCAAGGCCAUAUCCAGAAAGCUAAAUGGCAGCAGAAACAUUACUCUGAUGCCCACCGCCGCAAUGUCCACUAUAACCCUGGCGACAAGAUUUGGAUCAGCAGCCGCCAUCUUCCUCCCCUUAAUCAGUGCCCCCAUUUGGAGCCCCGUUUCCGUGGACCUUUCCCUGUUCUGGAACGCACUGGUACGGUGGCUUAUCGUAUUGCGCUCUCUCCCAGUUAUUCCUGUCACAAUGUACACACAAAAAACAAAAACAUAUCAACAUGA